AUCAAAGAUGGCUGCGCCCAUGUGAUCCCGGCGCGGGUGUUGACCUCUCUUAUUCCUCCUUGUCACCUGGGCCUUGCGGUGGCAGGCUGGGCACAAGGACCAUGCUGGGCCGGACCCUCCGAGAAGUUUCUACAGCACUGAAACAAGGCCACAUUACUCCAACAGAGCUCUGUCAAAAAUGUCUCUCCCUUAUCAAGAAGACCAAAUUUCUAAAUGCUUACAUUACUGUAUCAGAAGAGGUGGCCUUAAAGCAAGCUGAAGAAUCGGAAAAAAGAUACAAGAAAGGUCACUCACUUGGGGAUUUAGAUGGAAUUCCCGUUGCAGUAAAAGACAACUUUAGCACGUCCAGCAUUGAGACAACAUGUGCAUCAAACAUGCUGAAAGGUUAUGUACCACCUUACAAUGCUACAGUUGUUCAGAAGUUGUUGGAUAAGGGAGCUGUCCUGAUGGGAAAAACAAAUUUAGAUGAGUUUGCAAUGGGAUCUGGAAGCACAGAUGGUGUAUUUGGACCAGUUAAAAACCCCUGGAGUUAUUCAAAACAAUAUAGAGAAAAGAGGAAGCAGAAGGCCCAUGGUGAGAAUGAGGAUUCAAAUUGGCUUAUAACUGGAGGAAGCUCAGGAGGGAGUGCGGCGGCGGUAGCGGCGUUCACAUGCUUUGCGGCUUUAGGAUCAGACACAGGAGGAUCGACCAGAAAUCCAGCUGCCCACUGUGGGGUUGUUGGUUUCAAACCAAGCUAUGGCUUAGUUUCUCGUCAUGGCCUCAUUCCGCUGGUGAAUUCAAUGGAUGUGCCAGGAAUCUUAACCAGAUGUGUGGAUGAUGCAGCAAUUGUGUUAGGUAUGCUGGCUGGGCAUGACCCCAAAGAUUCUACCACAAUACAGGAUCCUGUUAAACCAUUUACACUUCCCACUUCUGCAGAUGUGAACAAACUAUGUAUAGGAAUUCCAAAGGAAUAUCUUGCACCAGAAUUAUCAAGUGAAGUGCGAUCUUUUUGGUCCAAAGCUGCUAACCUCUUUGAGUCUGAGGGGGCCAAAGUAAUCGAAGUGUCCCUGCCUCACACCAGUUACUCAAUUGUCUGCUACCAUGUAUUGUGUACAUCGGAAGUGGCAUCAAAUAUGGCAAGAUUUGAUGGGCUAGAAUAUGGUCAUAGGUGUGACAUCAACGUGUCUACUGAAGCCAUGUAUGCUGCAACCAGGCGGGAAGGGUUUAAUGAUGUGGUGAGAGGAAGAAUUCUCUCAGGAAAUUUUUUCUUAUUAAAAGAAAACUAUGAGAAUUAUUUCAUUAAGGCACAGAAAGUGAGACGACUCAUUGCUAAUGAUUUUGUGAAUGUUUUUAACUCCGGAGUGGAUGUCUUGCUGACUCCCACCACCUUGAGUGAGGCGGUACCAUACCUGGAGUUCAUUAAAGAAGACAACAGGACACGAAGCGCCCAGGAUGAUAUUUUUACACAGGCUGUAAAUAUGGCAGGUGAAAAUUUGACUUCUGCCAUCCCAGAACCCCAUGCAAAGGAACCAGAACAACUCCAUGUGACUUCAUUUUCCUAUUUACCAAUGACAAAUGAACUCGCUGGUAUCAUAGAAACAUUUGUUGUAACCUAAGAGACCAUAUUGGACUUGAAACUUGGGAGGCAGUGGAGCAUGAUUUUAGUGAGAAAGUUUCAAGAUACAAGUAUAUUCAAAUGAAAAACUGGUAGGUAAUUUGGUGAGGAUGCCAAAGAUAGGAGGCCCAUAGCCUCCUCCCUUACCCCAGAUUCUCUAUUCCUUAUGGUUUCCUUACCCCCUUAGCUUUCUUUACAAGUGCUCUCUGUUUGUGUCCCUUGAGCCCAAAGAGACAUUAAUACGAAUCUGUAUUCAAUUUGAAAGAAAAUUUUACGAAAAUCAUAGAUUUACCUAACACUCUAAAGUUUCAUCAUUGGAUUUGUCUUUGCCAGAAUACCAUUGUCAUCUCGUGUUGAUCAGGUUCUAAUUUGGCACUUACAUGUUACUGAUAAGAAUAUGGAAGCUGAAUUAUUAUUUAAUACAUUCACUUUGUUUAGUAAGGAAACAGUCUUUUCUAAAUAUGAAGUACCUGAGGGAAAAAAAUCUAAGUGGCAGAACCUUCUGCAGAGCCACUGGAAUGUUGCAUGGUAGGAAGUUAGCCUGCCUGUUACUUUCUCAUUAAUAGUUUUCUCUCCUCCCAGGAUCCUUCCACUCCCAAAUGGUCUGACAAGCUUUAUAUAAAAUCUUUCUCUGCCAGGCCCACUAGUUUUCUUAUAAAUCAUGACUCUGAAUCUGUGCAUGAGGAAGAAAUUCACAAGAGAGAAUUGCAUUUUUUUUUAUGACAAGGGAAAACCAUCUUCAUUGAAGGAGCUAAUAUGAUGUAAAAAGCAAAGAAUAAAUCUUUGCCCCAGUCUUUUUUUAA